GGCAGAGGACCGGACCAGCACGAUGCCUUUAGCGGGUGACGAAGUAUCGCCAUCGGACCCGGAGUCGCCCCGGGACCAAGGGGGUAAUACCCCGAAGAGACACGCACGGGUCACGGUGAAGUACAACAGGAAGGAGCUCCAGAGGCGGCUGGACCUGGAGAAGUGGAUCGACGAGAGCCUGGACCGGCUGUACGCGGGUCAGGAGGGUGACAUACCAGAGGAGGUAAACAUUGACGAGUUGAUCGAUCUGCAGAACGUCGAGGACAGAGUGAAAAAGUUACAGGAGGUUCUUCAAAAGUGCAGUAACAACACAGAGACUUUCAUCCAGGAGAUGGUGGAAAAGCUGGAGGGUGUUCAGAAGCAGGACGAGCUGCAGAACGAAGGCAUCGAGCAUCCGGUCAUCUGUCACAGCCACUACCGCCACGAGCCCUACCACUUCAACAACUCACAGCAGCAAUACCACCAAACUCGAGGCCAAAACCAGACCCUCUGACAAGACCCCGACCAAAACAGCCACAGAUAAGAAAAUCAAUACCACCAAUAAAGAUCCCCUGAGGAGUUUGGCAGCACUAUGUCCCAUUGUGUUGACGUGCAGAUCCCCGUUUUGUUAUUUUGCAUGCAAGUAAUAUACUCACUGGUCUUCUAGCAUCCUCUCAUUGAUAACAGGACUCCAGGAAGUUCCUGCUAUCAGCCAAGCAAUAGUCUGGCCCAUAUGUCCAGUAAACCCACAGGUUGCAGUUCUUACUCUUCAUUUUUGUGAGGAUUGAACAAUUAGUGAACUAAGAGCUGCUGUUUGAACAGUUUUCUUUCCUCUCUCCAGACUGGCUGCUUCACCCUGUUUGUCAGUCCUUAUGCUAAGCUAACUGCACCCUUAUAUUUAAUGAACAGAUAUUCAAGCAGUAUCAAGCUUUUCAUUAAAGUCUUUGUAAGAAAGCGGAUGUAACAAUUCCUUUAAGUAUUUAUUUAAAAAAAAGAUUGCACAUUUCCCAUGUGUGGAUGAUAAGUCAGUCAUCAUACAGGAAGAAAACUAUCAAUUAUUCACAUACAUCUCUCUUCUGACAGUAUUUCCCUGAAGACCAGGAUUUAUUUCCAGCACUGAAACAUGCGACUCACACGUUUACUCGACUGAGAGUAGAUGAAGGGAUGGAAAAAGAGAAUGUACAGCUCUUCCUUUUCACACAACAUCCUGAUACAUAUCUAACAUCACGCAUCAUUUUAUAUCACUCUAUGUAACAAUGUAACACUGAGCUGCACUGUGGCAUACCUACAGUAUGUUUCACCUUUCACUCAACACAUGUUGCACAACUUUAACACAGCUCAAUUAGAUGCAUAUAUGACUUAUGUUAAAUUAUAAAAGUUAUUUAUUGUCAUGUCUACUUAUACAUUUACUUUACAGUAAAAUGUAGCACUGGCAGUAAUCCUGUUUACACUGUAGUUUUUAAUGAUACUUUACUGUCAUUCAAUUGACUGGAGUUAUUACUUAAUUUUCAGUUUUUCACUUAACUUUGAUGCUGUAAAGCGCUUUGAGUUUCUAAUUAAACCAUUUCUUUCACUA